GACUCCAGGUGCCGGAGGCCCGAGCGGGUUACGAGGUGAAGCGGACCGGUCGGGGCCCGGCCGGGACGAGGCCGGAGGCCGAGCGGUGGCGAAGGCGGUGGCCGGGAGCGGGGAGGAGAGGCGCAGCCCGCGGAGCCGCCGCAGCAGCUCCCCCGCCGCCAGGGCUGAGGGGCUCAUCCCUGCCUUGUGCUUAGGAACACAAGACAGCACUUCAGUGCACCUGGGGACUGUUUUCAACAGUGAAAUCAAGGAAAAAGCACAAAAAUAUGACAAACAUGGCACUAAAGAGAUGUGAAAAGGAUACUUGUUUACAGUCUGAGGCUGAAACAAGAAGGCAGAUUGCCACUUUGUUCUAUCUCAGCUGGAAACAUGGACCUCAGGAUUUUAGGGAAAGAAGAUGGAUCAACCUAGUGGGAGGAGUUUUAUGCAAGUAUUAUGUGAAAAAUACAGUCCUGAAAACUUUCCUUAUCGCCGUGGUCCUGGGAUGGGGGUCCAUGUUCCAGCCACACCUCAGGGCUCUCCUAUGAAAGAUCGCCUCAACCUCCCAAGUGUCCUGGUGUUGAACAGCUGUGGAAUAACAUGUGCAGGAGAUGAAAAAGAAAUCGCCGCCUUCUGUGCUCAUGUGUCGGAACUAGAUCUUUCUGACAACAAACUGAAAGACUGGCAUGAGGUCAGUAAAAUUGUGUCAAAUGUUCCCCAGUUGGAGUUUCUAAAUCUGAGUUCCAACCCUCUGAAUUUGUCGGUUUUAGAAAGAACGUGUGCUGGGUCCUUCUCUGGGGUUCGCAAACUUGUUCUCAACAACAGCAAAGCUUCUUGGGAGACCGUCCACACGAUACUGCAGGAGUUACCAGAUUUGGAGGAGCUCUUCCUGUGCCUUAAUGACUAUGAAACAGUGUCUUGUCCUUCAAUUUGCUGUCAUUCUCUUAAGCUACUGCAUAUAACAGACAAUAACCUCCAAGACUGGACUGAAAUACGAAAGUUAGGAGUUAUGUUUCCUUCACUGGAUACUCUUGUCCUGGCCAACAAUCAUUUGAAUGCUAUUGAGGAGCCUGAUGAUUCAUUGGCCAGAUUGUUUCCUAAUCUACGAUCCAUCAGCCUCCACAAGUCAGGUUUGCAGUCCUGGGAAGACAUUGACAAACUAAAUUCAUUCCCCAAACUUGAAGAAGUCAGAUUGUUAGGAAUUCCUCUUCUGCAGCCAUAUAGCACGGAGGAGCGAAGGAAAUUGGUAAUAGCCAGAUUGCCAUCAGUUUCCAAACUCAAUGGCAGCGUUGUUACCGAUGGUGAGCGAGAAGAUUCUGAGAGAUUUUUUAUUCGUUACUAUGUGGAUGUUCCACAGGACGGAGUGCCAUUCAGGUAUCAUGAACUGAUCACAAAAUAUGGGAAACUGGAGCCUUUGGCAGAAGUGGACCUAAGACCCCAGAGCAGUGCGAGAGUGGAAGUCCACUUUAACGAUCAGGUGGAAGAGAUGAGUAUUCGUCUGGACCAAACAGUGGCAGAACUGAAGAAACAAUUAAAAACUGUAGUGCAGUUACCCACAAGCAACAUGCUUCUCUACUAUUUUGACCAUGAAGCGCCCUUUGGUCCGGAGGAAAUGAAGUACAGCUCUCGGGCAUUGCAUUCUUUUGGCAUUAGGGAUGGAGAUAAAAUUUAUGUGGAAUCCAAAACAAAAUAACCUCUACCAGCCUUGUAACAACACACACAUAAGGACUUCUUGCGGGCAUUUGUUUCCAGUGUGGUUUCCUUUAGGAGGGAGAAGGUUGUUUUUGUUUUGUUUUGUUUAGGUUUCAGGGGGGUUUUGUAUAUUUUUCCCCUUAGAAUGGGUAAGGGGCUGUUUUGGGUAUUUUCUACCACAGAUUUCUUGGGCUCAGCCAGCAGAACUGGCUACGUGUCCAGUCCCUGUGCCCUCCCAAAGGCAGGAUGGCUGAGCAGUCACCGACUUCUUACUGUGUUGGCUGGGAUCCGUCUACCGGAAGGUCAUCCCUGCCAUGUAGGCAUACAUGGAAGAGGGUGUGAAUAGUGUACCCUCCUUGGAUGGCAGCUCAUAGUGUUCAAACAGGAGACAAGGCGUCUUUACAGGAAGGGCCAGCACGUCUCUCUCACAAACCCUCCCUUUUCCCUCCUUCUCCCUCCUUUCCAUUUUGUGUUCAGCUUUUCAUUUUGACUUGUGACAGCACGUGUUUACCUAAUAGUUUAAUUCUGUCCAUAAUUAACUUCUUUCCCAGUGUGGGUGACUUUUUUCCUCCUCUCUCUGUUUUGAAAUAAUUUUAAGUGUUCUAAGCAUUUUUCCAACCCAAAUCUGCUCUGAGGUACUCAGAACCCAUGACUCUGGUGAGAUCUUGUGGGAGAGCAGAUGGGAAGUGGCAGCUCUGGGGAAGCUUGCCUUGUUCCGGAGCAGGCAGAGCAGUCUGACUUCUUUGUGUGUAACUAUCUCAAUUUUAAUGUUCUUCACACGAUAUGAUCGACCAUUAUUUCCAUAACAUGAGAUAUGUCAGAUUCUAGAGUUCUUUUAUAUUUUGCUUAUCGAAUAUAUUUCCUCAUGUCUAUUUUUUCAUUACUUUAAACUAUUGGGAAUAGAGACCUGACUUUACGACGAAUCCCCUGGAGUAAUGGGCAUACGUGCCGGGAGAGUGGAGAGUCGGCUGAUAGACUCCCUGCAGUGUGCGUGUUAGGGAGUAAGGUGGGGAGAAUGGGGGGAAGAGCAUCGCGACUUCCCUGCCUGGGUCACCGUCUGAAGGCGCUUGCACUCUGCCUUAGAAGUGGGAAAUUUCCGUCAGCGGGAGCUUUGAUUACCAGCCCUUCUCUGGGCUUUUGUGAUGUCGUACUUGAACAGUUCUUUUUGUUUUGCAUUUCAGUUUUGUUGCCCCUUCAGAAGAAUAACUCUGCCUAGUCCCUGAGCAAAGUAUAAGUGUCCAGCUUCAGAACUGCCUCCAAGUGAUAGUCUUUGCAGUAGCAUAUUUAAAGCACUUUGCUUUAAAAGCUAGCUCCUUCCUGGCUCUGUAAUUUUUGUGUUUGAUCUUCUAUUCCUUUGUUAUCAGUGUAAUCCCUUUCUUUGAUAUAUGUCUUUCUUGGUCCACUGUGCUUACGGAUGGGAGACUUAAGAAAGAUUUUAGCAGAGCUGGAGCAGCAGAUGAGCAUGUGAAGUAUUUGACAAAGAAUGUAAUCACCAUCUGAUUGUGUUUGACCUUUGUUACAUGAUUCCACCCGUCCUACAGAUUCUCUAAUUUCUUAUGAAAUAUUUAGAUUACUCCUGUAAAUUCUUUACGUAGGCAGAGUUGUGUUUAUUAUUGCUACUUUUAAAUUUUUCCUAUGCCAUAACAGCAGGUAUUUAUUCUCUUAAUGCACUUCAGGUUCAGUAUCUGUACAGCCUCUGACCCAGGCCUCCUGAGUCAAAUCUACAUUCUUACUGUAACAUUAAAGGUGGAAACCAAAGGGUUUGAGAAAGAUGAAUGAGGCCUGCUCUUUCUGCUGCAGACUUUAUCUUUCAAAAUCAUAAAAAUGAGCAAUGUAGAUCCAGGCUGGGUAUAGACAAAAAUAACUAUUUUGCAAUCACAUUUUCCUGACAGAUUUUUGUAAGUGGGGAAAAAGUGUGGUAACAGUGUCAUGAAGAUGAAAACUGUGGGUGCUUUGUGUUGGCGUGCAUGAGUGCAGAUGAGUUUUGAGAGAGAAACAGUGUAAUUGAGCCCAUUGCUUUUGUCAGCCUGGGGAACAGAUAGCCUGUUAUUAUUUGAGGUUAUAUGACCCCUGACUGUCCCACAGCAGAAGGCAGAGCAAACACUUAUGUUAUGCUUUAAUCAUACAUGGAAUGGUCACAAUAAGAUAUUUUAUAUAUGACAAAGUUUUAUGAAAUGCUUUUUUACUAUUAGAGAACCGUUCCUUCUGUUACUACAGAACAGUAUCUGUCAACUGCAGGCAUAAUUCUAUUAUACAGUUGCAUGUCAGGGGAACUUCUCAUUUAAUUCAAUGGAUGUGGGUAUUUUUAGGGCAUUGUAGUUAAUGGUUUUAAUAAUUGCUGAAUAAUUUUUGAGUGAGAAAAUCUAAUACAGUUACUGUUCUUCUAGAGUUCCAGAACAGAAGUAAAUGAGAAAAACUUUUUGAGCAUGUGUACUUACAUAUUUAUUUGGGUGGCUGAGUAAAGAUGCUGCUUUUGAAAUAAAAUUGGUGCUGUGUAGACACUUGUAACCAAAAUUAUUUUUAUAACGGGCCAAGAAGAAGGGAAGAAGAGACCAUGGACCUUUGAGUCUACAGGUUAGGUGUAGUUGAUUGCUGCAGCUUAUCUGUAUUUUAAUACUGACUUCAUCCAGAUUCAAUGAGAGCCUUUUACUGAAAUUUAUGAGGCAAACGAUGUCAGAGCCAGUAUUAUAGAUAUGUUGCUGCAGGCACAGUGUAUGGAACAUAUCUUUUCUAAAACCAGAAUUCUUUUCAAUUGUGAAAUAGGAAAGGAGUAAGAAAAGAAAGCCCAAUGAAAACCAAGGGAUCCUCUCUACAUGUGAGCACAUGGCUGCCGAAGCCAGAGCAGAAACCAAUUUUUGAAUUCGAAUUGUUGAAAUAUCCCACAUUACUUCAAAGAAAAAGAAUAAGUCCAGUCAUCCGUCUUUUUUUAUUAUUAAAAGCUUCUGUUGUUUUUAUGACCUGUUGCCACCAUUGCUAUAAAUACCUACGAAAGCAGCAGAUAUUAUAUAACCCCUUCUUGUUGUUGUUUUUUAAGAACUGAUGAAACAUGAGCUCUGUGUCACAUGUUUAGAAUUUUGCCCACUUAAAAAAAUGGAAGUUCAUUUCUAACCAGAUCUUUCAAUUUUGUUACUAAAUCCACAGUGUUAGGAGGAGAGAGCAGGUGUUGCACAAGGGACUGGUCACCACUGGAGGCACGCUGGUGGUGGCUCUUACUAAUGCACAUGUGAGUGUGGCUUGCUACAUGGGAAGUGCUAGGCUCCAGGAUAUGUAAAACAGGAAUGCAGAGUAAUAGAUUGUUCUAAGCAGCGUCAUUUCUGUUUAUGAAUUUGAUUUUUCCCUUCAUUUCAUGUUAGAUUGAAAAUGCAAACUGCUUUCAAGAACACCCAGAAGCUAUCGGUGUUACCAGAUGUGUUGUGAACACUCUCUUUUUCAUAGGUGCUUCCUUAUAAUAUACAUCCGUUGUAGUGAUGGAGAGGGACUGGGCUCUCUCAGGCUCUUUACUUGCCAGUUGUCUCCCUGCAGUUAAUGGAAAUAUAUAUUUUAUUUUAGAAUAUAAUUUAAACAUGAAGGUCUAUUCUUUGCACUUUUUAUUAAUAUAUAUAGAGAGAUAAUCUUUAAAAAAAUUAAAAAUCCAAGUCGACUUUC